AUGGCUUCAAUGGAAACAGUCGAAACCACGACGGUUGCUCCGGUCGCUUCACCUCCGCCGAAGGAAGAGACCAAGACUCUUGCCGCCAAGUCGACGACCGCACCGGCUCAUCCGUCUACAGCUGUAAUGGUGAUCGCGGCUGUUACUGAACUGAAAGAGAAGAAAGGUUCAUCGCUGUCAGCCAUCAAGAAAUACAUGUCCAACAACUACAAGGUGGACUCCACUAGGCUCGCACCGUUCAUCCGCAAGUUCUUGAAGGCCGCCGUGAUCAACGGAUCACUGUUGCAGACCAAAGGUGUAGGUGCCAUGGGCCGUUUCAAACUUCCAGUCGUAGUAAAAAAGAAGAAGGAGCCGGCCGUCGCCAAGAAACCGAGUGCCACUGCUACCAAGAAGAAGGCCGUCGCCAAGAAACCGAGUUCCACUGCUACGAAGAAGAAGGCCGUCGCAGCUAAGAAACCAGCCAAAGUCUCGGCUGUCGGAACUCCGAAAAAGAGGAAGUUGCCCGCAAAGAAGGCGGCUGCUUCUACUGCCGGCGAGCCCACUGCCAAGAAGUCAAAAGCGGUUGCUGCCAAGCCAAAGAAAUCGCUAGUUAAGGCGAAGAAGGCGGUUGUUGCACCUAAACCACCAAAAGUUAAGAAAACAACGGCUGUAAAACAAACGAAGUUACCCGAGAAAAAGUAA